AUGUCGUUAUUAUCAGAAGAAGAUCUGAACGAUUUUAUUAGUCCUGCUUUGGCCUGUACAAAACCAACCGAGAUUAAACGUACUAAAGUAAAGAGUAAUGUUAAUGCAUUAGGUGAAUAUGAAGUUGGUGUUGACGAUGGUGAAGAUGAAGUGUUGGAGAAAGUGACCAUCACACUGAGUGAUUGUUUGGCAUGUUCUGGGUGUAUUACAUCAAGUGAAGAGAUUAUGUUACAACAGCAGUCACAUGGCGUGUUUCUAGAGGCAAUGUCUAAAAGAGAUAUAACUACAAAAUUAGCAAUCAGCAUAUCUCCUCAAUGUAGAUUGUCGAUGGCUACUUAUUAUGGAAUGGACAUCUCAGAUUUUGAUAAAUGUUUUGCGAACUUCUUUCAAAAAAGAUUCGAUGCUAAAUAUGUUGUGGGAACACAACUUGGUAGAAACGUUUCGAUACAACAAGUAGUGAAGAAACUAACAGAUUGGAAAAAAAGUAAAGAGUAUGAAGUCGAUUCAAGACCACGACUAUCUGCUGCAGACCCAGGGUUUGUAAUAUAUACUGAAAAGACCAAGCCUGAUUUGGUUCCAUUAUUAUUGAACGUUAAAUCUCCACAGCAGAUCACCGGUGCUCUAUUACAUGAAACAUUUGACAAAAAUCACAAGACAGAGACUCAACCAGAUACCAAAUUAUAUGUUCUUGGGGUAAUGGCCUGUUUCGAUAAGAAAUUAGAAGCCUCAAGACCUGAUAGUGCAGGUGAAGUAGAUUGUGUUAUUACACCUAAGGAAUUUGUUGCCAUGUUAUCUGAACUGAAUGAAAUAUUCGAGCAAUAUAAAUCACCAUCGGAUGAUAUCUUAAGUGAGAUGUGUCCCGAAGGAUGGGACCCCGAGUUACAUUGGUGUAUUAACCAUGGGAGUAGUUCUGGUGGGUUUGCAUAUCAGUAUAUUGUCUCUAGACAACGAACUUUAUCAAGUGAACUUAUUAAGGAUUCGAAGAUAAUGAAAUUAUUAGGUAAAAAUAAUAAUAUAUGUGAGCAUCGUCUAAUCAAUGUCAAGACGGGAGAAACAAUUGCGUCUGCAAGUGAAUUAAGUGGGUUUAGGAACAUUCAAAACAUGGUGCGACAUUUAAGUCGUGGUGGUCCAAAGGGAACCUCUUCGUUCCCCAAACGUCGUGUUCAGUCAUUACGUAAACGUCAAUCCUCUACUAAUACUACUAGUACUACUACUUCUGGUACCACUACCGGUAGACUUGGUACAUUAGUGGCGCAGCCAUAUUCUAGUGAAUUCAUUGAAGUGAAUGCAGCCCCUGGAGGUUGUUUAAAUGGGAGUGGGUUAUUAAAUGGGGAGCAAUCUACUGUACGUAAGAGGCAAUUCACACAACAAUUAGAAGAAAGAUUCCAUAGUUCAUUCACCAUGGUCGACCCCUUAGACAUUACACAAUGGAACACUUCUGAAAUUCUAGAUUCUGAUAGAGUUUAUGAAUAUACAUUCCAUGCAGCUGAACCGCAAGAUAAACAGAAGGAUAUUGUUACAGUGGGGAAUACUUGGUAA